GUUGACAUUGACAUCUCACACGUCAAAGUCAAAACUGUCAAGUUAAUGUUAAAAAAUAAAAAUAAAUUGCGUUUUCCGCGUCUCUAAAUUAUGUAUAAAUAAUAAUAUACGUUAAUGUCUGUUCCAAAACUAAUUACUAUGGCCAAAAUUGAAGCUUCGGUCCUUAAGAGCAAGUUUCGAGGCUGUUUGCUUGGAGCCCUAAUUGGAGAUUGUACAGGGGCUCCUUUUGAAGGUGACACCAUCACGCAUGGAGAUAAACUGGUAAUACAGAGAUAUUAUGAUAAGCUUGAAGAUCCUACUUUUACUGCUCCUUAUAAGUCCUACACUGAUGAUACAGCCAUGAUGAAGUCGGUCGCCAAAUUUUUAACAGACAAACCAGAACCAGAUUAUAGAUUUUUGGCUCGGUUAUUUGUGACAGAGUUUUUUAAAGAACCGAAACGUGGAUAUGGCCAAAAUAUUGUAGAAGUGUUUCAUAAGUUGCGGAACAGUAAAUUUGAGGAUGUUUACAAGCCAGCAAAAGAACAGUUUAUGGGUGCCGGUUCGUACGGCAACGGUGGGGCUAUGCGAAUCGCCCCGGUAGCCCUUUAUUUCCACGACAACUACAAAACGAUGCUGGAAGUGGCAACGAACGCCACUAAAUUGACACACACGAAUAUACUGGGCGUGAACGGAGCUUUAUUGCAAUCCGUGGCCAUUCAACUAGCCGUUAAAUGCGAUCCGGAGGCCAAAAUUGAUCCUGAAAGAUUUUGCGCGGAGUUGUACAGAAGAAUGAGAAAAAUCGAACGAGUCGAAGAGGAUUUAGACGAUAUCGAGGAAGAAGAUGACGGUACCAGGAAGGCCUACCAAAACAAGCUGCGCGUAGUCGAAAAUUUGUUACAAAAAAAACACGAUGACGAUUUGGACGAGGAAGUAAUUUUGAAUUUGGGUAACGGCAUUUCCGCCUACGAAUCUGUACCCACUGCCAUCUAUUGUUUCUUGAAGGCUCUCAAUGAAAUACCAUCUAUUCAGACUGAGAACGUAUUCAGAAGAACAGUGCAGUAUGCAGUUUCCUUGGGCGGUGACACCGACACGAUAGCAUGCAUGGCAGGAGCUAUAGCGGGAGCGUAUUUGGGAGAAGACGGCAUAAAUACGGCGCUGGCCAAACAGUGUGAAUAUUACAGAGAUGUAUUAGAAAUAGCGGAUAAUCUGUACGUAGCCAAAGAGGGCCCCGGAAAUUAAUGAUAAAUAUAUUUGUUAAUAUUCUAAUGGUGUUUUAUAUUGUGAUCUGAGUAUGCAUUAUUUUAUCAGUUUUAGUGUCGUAUUCAAAAAUUUUACUUGAUUCAACCUAUUACUUAAAUUAAACUAUUAUUUUAA